AUGUGGAAAUGGGGUAGUGGAGAGGAUUCUCCUUCCAAAACAGUAGCUGCAGGCUCUCAAGAUGCAGGAAACAUGUCGGUGACAGAUUUGACUGAGCAGCUGACAAGGACUGAACAGCUGGUAGCACAGCUAAAGGGGCUUGUCAGAGAGAAGGAUGCUGAGCUUCGAGAUAAAGAUCUGCAGUUAAAGGAGGAGAAGGAAUCUGCUGAUGCCAAACUUUCCAAGUUGAAGCUGCAAAACAAAGCAAAGGUAGCAUCACUGACCUCACAACUGGAAGAACUUAAGAAACAGGUAUCAGCAUCAGGAGGCUUAGAGGCAAAAGCAGAACAAAAAAAGGCAUCAAAAGAUGGUGACCAGGAAAAUGCUGCAGCUGCAGCAAAUCGUGGGAAAAUACUAGUACUGAGAAGGAGAAUUGAAGAACUAGAAUCCCAGAUCACACAAAGAAAUGAAGAGCUACAGAAAAAGAGUAUGGAACUGGAGGCCCAGCGCUGCCGGGGGACUGAAAUGGAUGCCAUGCUGGCAGAGAAAGAAAAGAAGUUAGCUGAGAGAGAUGCUUAUAUCAUCGAUUUACAGAUGGCCUUUGGAUCCGGUGGUGUUACCAAUGAAAUUGGGCUUUUGCCCAAUGAAGAACUGAAGAAUCAGCUGGCUGCUAAAGAGUCAUCACUGCAAAGCAUGGAGAUUCUAGUUCAGAACCUUACCAAGAAGGUUGGAGACAGUGAAGAAAAAUGUAGUUUGUUCCAGGAACAGAUUGAGAGUCUGAAAAACAAUCAGAGCAAAGAAAGAGAACGUUUCCAAGGAAAAGAAGCUACCUUUAUGGAAAAUGUACGUGUGUUGCAAAAUAUUAUCCAAGAAAAAGAAAAGGAACUGGUAGCACAGAGAGAAAAGCACGAGCAGGAGCUCUUUAAAUUAGCAGCUAAAUCUGAUGCGAGUGCUGACCUAGAACAGCUGCUAAAGGCUUUGAAACAGAAGCUCCAUGAAAAGGAAGAAGUCAUGCUGGGAAGGACACAGGUGAUAGAUGUCUUGCAAAAAGAACUGGAUGCCAAGGACCAGCAACUGAAUGAGAUUAAUGACAACCUGAAACGUGUUCUGUCUGAAAAAGAAAACCUCCAGUCUAAACUGGAUGCUGAGAAGCAUGUAAUGAGAGCCCAGUUGAGAGAUAUGAUGGAGAAACAUGAGCUUGAAAUGACAAAAGCUAAGGAGAAAUAUAAUGCUGAACUACAUGAAAUUCAAGAGAAACAUGAAACUGAGCUGCAAGAGAAAGAUCAGGCCCUGUUUCAGCUUAAGAAACAAGUGGCAGAAUUAAGUGGUAGAGGACAGACUAACUCAAAAGAAGUUACGGAUCUGGAGUCUAUAACCAAAGAGAAGAUGGAAGAUUUAGAAGUGAAAUUGAAAACAGAAGAGUUUUCAUCAAAGAAUAAUGAUGUAUCUGCCUUAAACAAUCGUGUCUCAGAAUUAGAAAUUGAAAAUGAAGAACUACAGUCGAAACUGCAAUCAUUGUAUGAAAUCAGAACACAAAAUGAAGAAUUGCUGACUAAGCUGGAAGUCUAUGAAGAGCAGCAAAGGAAGUUGCAAGCUGAUCUUGACCAAGUUACAAAGAGAGCAGCUUCACAGGCCAGUGAAUCGGGUAGUGUGGAUGAACUGCAGAGUCAGCUCUUGGAGUGGCAAGAAAAUGUACCAGAAUCAGAGGAGUCCCGUGAUCAAGUCAGAGAAGGGAAAUCUGCUAUGGCCUUGAGAAUGGCUCAGAUUGAGGAGGAGAGAGAAGCCAUGGUCUCAGGGCAACAGGAGCUGGAGGAGGAACUGACCACAGUUCAAGAAAUGGGCAGGCUGCAGCAGGGAAGACGAAAAAGCAGUCAGACCAGCAGGAAGCUUCAGGAGGGAUACAACUUUGAUAGAAAAGAAUGUUUUCAGGAACUGAACAUCACCUUGGACAGCACUGAUUCAGCUGAAGGAGAAAACAUGGGAGGUUUACGGAGUGUGGUUGAAGAGUUGGAAUUGGAAAGGAAUCAACUGCAGGAACAGAUUCUUUUCCUAGAAGAACGUUGUCAGGAUUUGGAAGAUCGAGUACAGCUUCAAGGUAGAAUGGAGGCUCUUCAGAAUGAAAACGAACGUUUACAAACACAACUCACCCAGUUACGCAACCAACAAAUGAGAGAUGCAGAAAAGAAUCAAAUCCUGGUCUCUAGCUUGAAUGAGCAACUUAAAGGAUUAAGUGACAGAAAUAGCUCCCUUGAAACUUCGCUUGGAGAAAAAGAACAAAAACUGUUGAGUGUGACAGAAAAACUGGGAGAAAUGGAAACUUUGAGGAAACUGCUUCAAGAAAGGGACCUUCUGAACAAAGAGCUUGGGGAGAAAUGUGUGCAUACUGAGCAAAAACUGAAUGAGGCCCUAAAGAAAUGCAAUGUUUAUGAAGUGGAGAACACUGAGCAGAAAACAGUCAUCAGUGAUCUGACAGAAAAAGUUGCUAUGCUGAAGGAAAAGACAUUGAAGCAAGAUGGUGUGGUAGAGUCCAUGCAGCUGGAUCUGGACCAGACAAAUGAAGAGCUUGACAAAUUGAACACCAGCCAUUUAGAAGAAAGAUCUCAGCUUAUUCAAGACCUCCAGAAACGGGAAAGAGAAAUUGAUAACCUUAAAGAAACACUGGCAGAAAAAGACAGGGAGAUGUCUGUCCUGUCUUUGAAUAUGACAGAAUAUUCUGAGCAGGUUCUCAUUCUGAAGCAACAAGUGCAAUGCAAAGAGGAAGAUAUUAGAGGGAUGGAAGAGGUUUUAUCAAAGGCUGAGAGAGAAACUCAUUUACUGAAGGAAGUACAAACAGCUGAUGUAAGAGAUGCAAGCAUGAAGAUAUCUGUCCUUUCUGAGGAAAGUAAUACCCUGAGACUAGAGCUAGAAAGAGUUAGAGUUGAGAGUGAAGCUAAAACCAAAGAAAAUGAGGAAUUAAUAAGACAAAGCAGUGAGAACAGCAUCAUGAUUAAGGAUCUCCGGUCUGAAAUCAAGGCCAACAAUGUUGCCUACCAUAACAAACUUGCAGAGUGUGAAUCACAGAUUACUUUGCUGAAAGAACAACUUAGUAAAUCAUCUGAAAAGCUACAAGAAGCAGAGGAUAAGCAAAGAAAAGAAACUGAACACUUGAAAUCCCAGCUUGAGGAAAGCAAUACUCUAAAGGAAAAAUGGAACAACUUGCUUAAAGAGAAAGAGAGUAAGGCACAGACACUUGAAAACGAGUUGAAAUCAAUUAAAGAUUCAUACAACAAACUGGUUUUGGAAAAUGCUAAAAGAGAUGAAGAGCUGGCUGAGUUAUCUAGGAAGCUUAUAGAAAAUACUGAACACCAGGAAACAAUUAAAAAAGAAUUACAAGAGAAACAAGAGUGUGUUAUUUCAUUAGAGCAGAAGCUUGGGGUUUUGGAGCAGCAAAAUGAAGAGAGUAAACUUAAAUUAACUGAAGAUCUGAAAGCCAAGGAGACAUGUUGCAAAGAACUCAAUAACCAAUUAGAUGAAAUACAUAAACAAAUUAACAAGAUGGAAAUAGAGACACAGGAGAAGGUUUCAGCUAAUAAACAAUUGCAGGCAGAUCUCGAAGGGAAGGAAGAAAAACUGGCAGAGCAAAUAAAAGCAAAUGAAUAUCUAAAAAAAAGUAUGGAUAUGGUGAAAAAAGAGAAGGAACAACUAAUGAGUGAAAAUGAGAAUUUGUCGAAACUCCUGGAUGCAAAAGAGAGUGAAUUGUUACAGAAAAUGCAGGCUGUGGCAGAAAUAGAGAAUAAGUUUUCUCUUAGUGCUGCUGAGUAUGAAAAAACUCUUUCAGUACUAAAUGGUGAUAAAAAGACUCUGGCAAAAGAGGAACAAAUUCAGAGCAUAACUUUGGAUUUUGAAGCUGCCAACAGGUCUCUAGAAGAGAAAAUCCUUCAAAGUGAUUCAUUACGUAAGGAAAUGGAAGAGAGCAAAUCUUGUGUUGUGGAGUUGCAGGAUGAAGUUAAAAAACUUAAAGAUGAAAAAACAAAGUUAUCUCAGUUGGUAGAAGAAAGAGACCUGACUGUAAAAAGUCAGGGUUUAGAACUUGAGAAGCUUCAUAGGCAAGUUUCUGAAAAAAUGGAAGAAAGUACAAUGUUAAAUAAUCAGCUACAGCUGCUAAGCAAAGAGGUGGAUGUGCUCAAGCAUGAAAAGCAGGACUUUGCAAGCCUGUUGAGUGAGAAGUCAUGUGAAUGUGAAGUGCUUCAGUCACAGCUGGUACAGCAACAGUCUGAAAUAACUUCAGUGAGGCAACAAGCACACACGGCAGCUCUGGAGAAUGAAAAAUUGAAAGUAGAGGUUGAAACCUUGACUGUUACGGUGAAGAAAAAGUCAGAUGAAGUGGCUGCUUUAACCUCACACUUGUCCCAACAAAGUCAUAAUAUUUUAGCUCUGAAAGACCAAAUUGAUGGCCUGUUGCUUGAAAAAGAGAACUUAAAAAUUGUCUUUGGUGAAAAAGAAACUCUCCUUUCUGAAAAGGAGGCUUUGAUUCAGCAAAUGAAGGAUAGUAAAACUGCAGGAGAAGGGCAGUAUAUGCAAAUCAUUUCUGAUCUGCAAAACCAAAUACAAACCCUAGGUUUUGAAGCCAGCCAGCUUAGACAUGCAAUGCAGGAAAAAGAAAAUGAAUGUAAGAGGCAAGUCCAAGAAUUAAAGUUAUUAAAAAAUAAAUCUGAAGAGUCUGAUGUACUUAGGGUUCAACUGUCUGAGAAUAUGCAGGUAAUUUCUGACCUUCAAUUUCAACUUAAAAAUGUGACAGAAAAAUCAUCCCAGUUGAAUGAUUCAAUUAUACAGAAGGAUGAAUCUUUAAAACAAAAAUUAGAUGAAUACAUCAGUUUAAAAGCACAACUUUCUGAGGUACAGGAAUCUUCUGUUUUGCUGCAGAAACAGUUGGAGCUUUUAUCCUCUGAAACAAAACAAUUAAAAGUGCUUGUUUCAGAAAAAGAGUUAACCAUCAACAAUAUGUCAUUGUCUACUGAGACUUUAAAGACACAGCUUCAAGAGAAAGAGAAUGAAUGUGAGGUCUUAAAGAAGCAAGUGGUAGAGCUGGAGGAAGUGAAAGUUAAUUUACAAAAAGACAUACAACAUCAGAAGAAUGUAAUAAUGGACUUGGACCAGUCGUUAUCAGAAAAGGAGUCAUCUCUUAUGGAAAAUAAAAAUCUUAUCACAACUCUGAAGGAGAAAGCUGGGAAUGAUGAAGAGAAGACACAUCUAAUUACUCAGCUCCGAAAUCAGGUACUUGAACUAACCCAGGAGCUACAGAAAUCCAAAGAACUAGUCAACGAGAAGGAAAAUGCCUUUUUAUCUCUUCAGGAGAAAAUGGAAGCACAGAGUGAACUGAGAACUGAGUUGAAUGCAGCUCUCGGGAAAAAAGAAGAAGUUAUUGCUGGGCUGCUUAAUUCUUUAAAGGAAAAAGACAUGAGGAUACAGCUGGCAGAUGGCAACGUUGGUGUUCUGACGAAUGAGGUUGAUAUUAAUCAGAAGAAAAUUGAUUCUUUGACAAUUGAACUUGACUCUCUUAAAAUUGAGCACCAAAAAGCACUAGACCAGAUAAGGACACAGGAAGAAGAACUGCAGCAAAAAGACGUGGCUGUGGAGUCUCUGCGUGUGAUGUGCGCUGAGCAGGCAGAUAACAUUGAGUGUUUGAAGUUAGAGUUGAACAAUGUAAAUUCCAGAUCAUCUCAAGAAUGCCAUGACAACGAGCUUCUAGUAGGCAGUCUGCAGUGCCAGGUGGAGUCUUUAGAGAAAGAAAAAAGUCUUUUACAGGAAGAUGCUGAUAAACUGGUGGCUGAAAACACUCGACUUACCGAGUUGCAAAAUCAAUUGCAAAAGAAACUGGAAGAGCUUCGAGAAAUCAAUGAAAAGCUGGAAACCAGUGAGAAUUAUUCAAGAAUGCAGAUAGAUGCUGUCAAGCUGCAGAUGAAGACUGAAAAAGAGAAGUUACAGAUGCAGGUUAGUGUGAAGGGUGAAGAACUUUCUAAGUUGGAACAUAAAAUAGAGUCUCUAGAGCAAAGUCUGCUCCAGUCAGAAAACAAGUGGGUGAUGGAACUUGAUAGGGCAACUGUACAAAAUAAUAAUCUUACUGAGCAAUUGAGUGGUUUAGAAAGUGACAUGAAAUCCAAGGAUAGGAAAAUCCAGGCUUUGCAGCAAGAGCUGGAUCUUAUAAAAGAGAAAUUAACUCAAACCUUAUCUCCAUUACUUAGUAGUAGGCUUUUAUGUAAAGAAACGAGGGCACAGACCUCAGAUUCUGAACUGCAGCUCACUGAUAGUAAAAUUCAGUUGGAAGACUUCUCCAGUCUGAUAACCACUAUUUUGAGCAAAGAAACAGAAGGAGAACAAUUGCAACUGGUACUUUUAGAAAAACAGAAAGAAAUAGACACCAUGAAAAAGGAAUUAGAAAGUCUGCAGUCACUUCAGGAGAAGAAUGAGUUGCUGCAGAGUGAUAUGGAGAAGAUGGAAGGCAAAUACAAAUCUGAAAUUGAAUGUCUGUCAAAAGAAAUGGUCACAGUCAAGGAAACAUUAAGUGAACAACAGUCUCUCUUGCAAGAAAAGGAAGAGUCUUUUGCAGAAAUAAAUAAGCAGGUUGAAUUUCUUCAGGAGAAGAUAAAUAAGUCAGAAGAAAUAGUAAGAACCAGUCAAAAAAACCUACAAGGUGAAGGUAAAAAAGUAGCAAGUCUCCUUGAAGAAAUGGGAGAAAAAGAUCAACUAAUCAAAAACUUAACUUCCCAGGUAAAUCAGCAGAAGGAUUUAAUUUCUGGUCUAAGCCAGCAACUGAAAGAAAAGGACUCUUCUGUUACCCAGGUCAUGGAGUCGUUGUCUAAUGAAAUGCUGCAUUUUUCUGAAGAGAGAAAUACAUUAAAUACCAAACUGCGAGACCUGGAAGCUGUUCAUAAGAGUUCUGUGGGAGAGCUAGAGAGAGUAAUGCAAGAGCUUGAGGAUUGUAAGAAGGAACUGGAACACAGUCAGGGUACAUUAAGCAGUAGAGAAGCUGUGUUUAAAGAUUUAAUGAAUGAAAAAGAGGAGAUGCAGGUUAACCUGGAGAAAAUGGGCAAGGAAAAAGAGAAUCUGAAAAAGAAACUUCAAGCAGCAUUGAUAAUAAGACGAGAUUUAAUGCAAAAAGUUGGAAAGCUGGAAAAGAGUGGACAGGAAGAAAUUGAAAAAGAGCAAAAAAGAGCAGAGGAGUUGUCAAAGAAAGUUAAGGAGUUAACAGAGAAGCUGGAACUAGUUGAAGUCCAAAAUAAAGAUUCUGAGUCUCAUCUUAGAGCUCUGAAGCAACAGCUUUUAGAAAAAGAUGCCAAAAUAAGUGAUUUGACUGAAAAUUUGUCUUCCAAAGCCUCUUAUUUGGAGGAACUGAAGUGCAAUAUUGCAGAACUUAAUGAUGUUAUUGCUGCAAAACAAGAUCUAUUUGAGCAGAAUCUAAAGUCUUUAGAGGAAAAGAACUGCAUGCUUGCUCAUAUGCAAUCUAUGCUCGAUGAAAAAGCAAAUGUGUAUGAAGCGGAACGUUCUCAGCUGCUUGUAGAUCUUGAAAGAGUGAAGUCUGAAGUCAAGGAGAAGGAAGAAUUGUUGAAAAAAUCCAGUUCAGAAGAGCCUGAUAUAUGUCUUGGAGACAGGAAGAAGUGUCUGGACCCCUACACUGUCAUGAAUCAAUUGAGAAAAGAAAAAGAAGCUUUAGAGAGGGAGCUUUUGGUCAGGAAAGAAGAUAUGGAAAAGUUUCAGAAAGAGAGGGAAGAGCACAAUAAACUUGUAGUAGGUUUUGAUGAACAAAAAACCUACCUUGAGAAUCUCAAACAAGAACAUAAAGCACUCCUGGAAGUUCUUCAAACAAAAUGUGAAGAUCUCGACUUGAAUCAGUUAGGAAAGUAUCCUCUAGGGAAGGAGCUGGCUGCACCCAAGGCAGUGCUGGGAGAAGAAGAAACUGACCCGAGGAAUUUGGGAUCAGACAAGCAAAGAAGCAAAUCUGAGGUUGCAUCCUUAAGAGAAACAGAAAACAUGAUCCCUUCAGUGGCAAGUGAAGACAGAGAGUUAGCAGAGCUAAGAAAUAAUUAUGCACAACUUUGGGAGGAAACAGAAAUGUUAAAGAAAGAGUUGAGAAAAAUAUCAGCUGAAUUUGGUGAUGAAAGAGAAGAAACAGUCAACUUAAACUCUUGGAGACAGCAGGAGCAGUACCAGGAGCCAUGUAAGGGCAGCUGGUUGGAGGACAUAAAGCAGCUACAGAAAAAGCUGGAAGCAUCUAAGGCUGAAGUUCUGGACAUCCAGAGAGUGCUUGAACAUGUGAAUAAUGAGAAAGAAGCACUUGCUAAAAAAAGUGAAGAGGAUCACAAGAUGAACCAGGAGCAACUGCAAAGAUGGAGAACUGAAGUGAAGAAGGAGGUUGCAGAAAAGAACAAGGAGAUAGAAUCGUUGCGUUCUUCACUUACGGAUGUCAAAGCUAAACUUGAUCAGGAAAAGGAAUCACUAAUCAAAGCUGUGAAGGAGGGCCGAGAGGAGGCUCAUCAUUACAAAACAGCAUUUGAAGAAAUGAAGAGCGAAAGAGAGAAACUUGUCAGUUGUUUAGAAAAGUCCAAUUUGGAGCUACUUAAUAUGAGCAAGGAGGUGAAACAUCUCAGUGAAGAAAACAAAAAGCUUCUGGUAGAGCUACGUGUGCUGCAUGAGAAGCCUGAGAUGAGUAGACCUGUGGGGUCAUGCAAAGAGCUUAAGGAAGCUCAGGAAGCUCCUGAGUCCUUAGGAGGAACUAAGCUGAGGGAAGAAACAGAAUGUCAAAUCCAGAAACAAGCACAAAUGAUUGAGGUAAAAAGUGCAAAUGUAGCUGAUUCUAAACCACAAGAGCAAAGAGCUACAGCAGAAGAGAAGUCCAGAGAGCACCUUCAGAGAAAAUUACAGGCAGCUUUAAUAUCACGUAAAGAAGCCCUGAGAGAAAAUAAAUAUCUCAAAGACCAGAUUGAUAAGCUGAUGUUGGAAAGGGAAGAACUGGUGAACAAGACAGGAAUGCUUGAGCACUUGUUAGAGCUUGGUAGAGAAAACCAAAGUUCAAGUGCUGUUUCUCCAUUGCCUGAAGAGGAGAGCCUUGUGUCUGAAAAUGCUAGACUCCUGACUGAAAAUGAAAACCUCACUGCAGCAUGUGAAAGUCUUAAAUCCACCAUGGAGACCAUAGUUCAGGAAAAAGAGGCCUUUUCUUGCCAACUAAAUACCUUAAAAGAUUCUCAGACAGUUGAAUUAACAGGAUGGAAGGCAAAACAUAGUGAAUUAAAGCAGGAGUAUGAGUCGCUGCUUCAGGCUUAUGAGAAUAUCAGUAGUAAAAUAGCAGAUAUGAGGCAAGUUAUUGAUCUCGCUAGGAAAGAGAAGCAAGAGGCUCUUCAAAAGCUCAGGGAAGGAGAAUCUGCAAAGGAGGCUCUUGAGAAACAUUUACAAGAACUGAUUGGUGAAAAUGAGGUUAUUAAGAAUCAACUGAAACAACUCAGCGAAGCCAAGAGAAUGGAAGUCGAAGAGUUACAAAGUAAGGCAGAAAGGCAGAUCUGUGAGCAAGAGGCAAGGAUGCAGGAACACCAGGAUCGUCUUCAUGAACUCACUGAUCAGAAUCACCAGCUCAUGGAGGAAAAUGAACAGCUGAAACAAACCUCGGAAAAUUUAAAGCAGGCUUUAGAGAAAAUUCAGAAUGAAAACGAUACCCUUCAUAACAACAUCACCGUAACUAAAGCAGCUUUGGGAGAGCUCCAAGUUCAAAUGGAAGUGUACCAGAAUGAUAUGCAGUCUAAAAUCAACGAUGCAUUGUGUGAAAAUGAAUCAUUGCUAAAAGACAUUAAUGUGUUAAAGGAUCAACUCUCUGAAAAAGAACAAGAUGUGCUUGUCCUAGAAGAAAAAAUAAAUUUGAUUUCCGAAAAAGCAAAAGAAACGGAAAAGUCUUUGGACCAUAAAAGUAAUUGUCUAACAAAGCUGGACAUGGAAUGUAAAAGCCUUACACAAGAAAUUGUUAGUCUAAAUGAGAAAGUUAAGAUUUUAGAGGAUGAUAAAUGUCUGUUACAGGAAGAAUUAGAAAACGUACAAGAAAGUUCUUACAAAGUCAAGAAUGAGAGAGAAUUUCUUGAGACAGAAUUGCUUAAUCAUGUUAAAAAAGUUGAUAAUCUUACUGAUAGCAUGAAAUCAGCACAGGUGAAAAGUGCUCAGAGGGGUAAUAAUGGAAGUAAAAACAAAACAAAAGAAUUGCAAGAACUCUUAAAGGAGAAACAGCAGGAGAUCAACCAUUUGCAAAAGGAUUCUAUAAAGUUCCAGGAGAUGAUCCUAGAUUUGGAAAGAUCCGUGAAACUGUCACAGUCAAAAAGUGAAAAAUUUGAAAAGGAUUUAAGGAAUACGUCAGAAAAGCUUGCAAAGUCCUAUGAAGAAGUACAGCAUCUCAAGGCAAAGCUUUCUUCACAGAUGGACUUGUUGGAUCAGUCGAAGAAUGAAGUGGAGAGGCUUACAGAUGAGAAUCUAAAUUGGAGAAAAAAGCUUCAGAAGAAAGAAGAUGAAUUAGAAAUUCAAAAGAAAGAAUAUGAGAGAGAAUUGGAAAUAAAUCUUCAACAGCUAAAAUCAGUUCACAAAAGAGAAUUUUUGAACCUAGAGGAAAGACAUGGUGCCCUUGAGAGAGAAAGAGAUAGGGCAGUUAGUGAGAUUCAUGGUUUGCAAAAAGAAAUGAGCAUGAAGGACUCUCAAAACAAGAAGCUUCAAGCAGAUUUGAAUGCAGCUUUGGCACAAUUAGCUGCUUUUACCAAGUGUAUGUCCUCUCUUCAGGAUGACCGGGACAGGGUCAUCACUGAAAUGAAAACCUGGGAAAUGCAGUUCAAAGAGACCAUCCAAAAUAAAGAGAGACAGAUAGAAAAUAGUAGUAAGAGAAUCAUGUCUUUACAAGAGGAACUGAAAGACAAAAUAAGUCAGAUUCAAGAAUUGAAUAUCAAAUAUUCUGUGGCAGAAGAAGCAAAAAAUGAACUGUACUCAAGGCAGAAAUCUGCUGAUACACAAAACUAUGAGGAGAUCUGCAGAAUAAAGGAAGAAAAUGCAUUUUUUUUUAACAGGCAGCAAGAAUUGGAGAGUGUUCUUCAGUCAAAAGAAGCAGCUUUGCAGGCCCUCCUUAAAGAAAAUAAUUCUCUUAAACAUCUCCUAGAGAACCGUAAAAGUGCAGGAAGGGAGAUAAAAGCUCUGGAAAGUCAUUUUACAAGGCAGGAGCAAGAAUUGCAAGAGCUUCUAGCUGAGAAGGAAAAAAUGAAUGCUGAAUUGCAAAAGCAGAUUACCAUUUCUGAGCAAAUGAAGAUCAUGUUAAAUAAUAAAGACAAGGAAAUUUCCUUACUGAUUUCUUCAAAAGGUGAUGAAAUUUCUGGCUAUCUGAGUCAGGUACAGACUCAACACAGAGACCAAAUCAAAGAGUAUGAACUUCAGUUAAGGUCUUUGCAGCUGGAGAGACAACAGUCUGAGGAGUCCUGUCAGAGGAUGAGGGAUGAGUUGAGGAACCUCCAGAUGAAAGCAGAUAAAGCAGUUCAAGAUAAGGCUGCAAUAGCCAGUGAAAUAGAUGCCUUUAAAAAAUCCAUGUCCUCUCUUCAGAAUGAUCGGGAUGAUCUGUUUUCUAAAUACAAAGAGCUGGAACAUCUCCACCAAGAUGUCUUAAAUCAACGGGACAGUCUUCUGGUUGGCAAUGCAAGUGAGAACAGUGCUUUGAAACAAGAACUAAGGAUCCUUCUCAAUCAAAGAGAUGAUCUUCAUUCUGAAAAUGCAUUGCUAAGUGCCCAACUGAUAAAGUACAGGGAAGAUCUUAACCAAGUUUUGUCUCUGAAAGACCAUCAGCUGAAAGACUUACUGAAGCAGAAAUUGGACUGUAUUAAAAGCCUUGAACAAGAAAAAUAUGAUCUUCAAAAGCAAAUAAAAGAAAUGCAACUUUCUAGUGAGCUGCAGAAGGAUGCUGCUGUAUCUUUGGAACGGGAAAAUAAAAAAUUGGUGUCUAAAGUAAAUGAUUUAGAAGCUUUAAUUGCAUCAUUAAACAAAGAGAAACUUGCUUCUGAAUCUGGAGAGAAACUGCUAAUUGAUGGUGGUGUCCCUAAAAAAGAGUGUGUAUUCAAUGGACAAUAUGAAGCAAAUCUUCAGAAGAAGGUUCAAGAACUCCAGAAAUCAAAAGGCAAAAAUACUCAGGGUACAGAUGAGGAACACAGUAAGACUCUUUUGACACUGCAACAUGGAGAUGAACCUGGUGUUUUUGCAGAGAAGAUGAUGUUAGAGAUUCAAUCUCAAAAUACUGAGCUGAGGUCCCAAAAUGAGGCCUUUGGGAAAGCAAUGACUGCUCUGCAAAAUGAUAGGGAUAGAAUAAUAGAGGACUUAAAGGUACUUCAGAGCAAAUACACAUCUGAACUCCAGGCUGAAAAAAAGAAGGGAGAUGAACUUGAAGCUGCAUUGAAUGGCUUUAAAUUACAUCUGAGCAGCAUGUUUAAAGAAAAUCCUCUUCUGAAUUGGGCUGGUUUUGAUGCUGCAGAUAAGAUUACACUUGAUCAGAUUGCUGAUGCAGUUGGAACUCUCUGUAGGACCGUAGUCAGUCGUGAGCUGGAGAUGAGCAGGCUCUCAUCUGAAUGUGGGAAUUAUGUUCACCAGAUUGAAGCAUUUUCCAAGGCUAUGGCCAGCCUUCAGGAUGACAGAGACAAAUUGCUGCAGGAGCUCAGCAAUCAGAAGGUAAAAUCUGAAACCAAACAGGGCCCAGCUUCAUUUCCCAUGGGUUGCAACAGCAUCAUUGAGAUAGGGUCUUUUAAAAGUAAUUUGGAUACACCUCAGAUUGAUAGGGAAAGAUUGGCUAAAGAAGGAGCCAGCCUUGCAGCUGUUGAAAUAGCAAAACUGAAGACAAAGGUUGAUGAUCUGGAGAGGGCAUUGCAGCAGACAAAAGCCUUCCAAGCAGAAACUGAGAGAGAGAUUGCAUCUUACCAGAAUGAGCUGGCUGGAUUAAGAAUGGAAAAGUCCCUCCUCCUCUCAGAGACCCAGGCCCUGCGAAAUCAGUGUCAAACCACAGUUGCUGAGAAGGAGCAACAGAUUGCAGAGCUACAGAAGCUGCAACAAGACAUGAUUGUGAAGAAAUCAGUCUCCUCUGACAGCAAUUACCCAGUCAAGGUAAACAAAUGGAAUGUAGCAGGAGGCACAAAACUAGUUGUACCAGUUUAUUGUUUUGAAUUUGAAGCCUGGUUCCCAAAUGAGAACUAUACAACACAUGGUAGUGAAGUAUAG